AUGGCUACCGCAAUCCCAUCUAUGCCCUCUCAUCUGCACUUCCCUCCAGAAAUUUGGAGUAUCACCACCCAAAACUUCCGCCAUCGCAAAAGCCCAGACGAGCUCACAUACCUAUGGACUACCGUGCGCCUCGUGUCGAAGCAAUUCAAGGAAGAGAUUGAAGAUAUAUUUCGUACAGAGCAUCUACCCAAGACUUGGCUACAUGUGGAUUCGUCUCUAGUCUACAAUCCACCAGACCGUCGGAAGGUCUAUGACUUCGCCUUUAGACUGAACUUCGACAACAUAAAGCCAAGAUACCCAGGCAGGGCAGUAUUUUCGGUACGCUCAAAGAACAGCAGUUGGAACCCCCGUUCGCUCGAUGUUUCAACUUUUAAACGUAAGACAUUCGAAAGGCUUCGGGCUGAGGCAGGAUCUGGUAGAUUGGGCGAAGCAGACAAGUCUGUACCUGGAUCACGAAUACGCCUAUUCGAAAGUCCUGUUCGCAUGUUCGUGGUGCAGGUCCGAGGAAGUGUGGGCGACUGUGCCUUGCCAGCACUGAACAUUGACGCUGCUAAGCGUGAGCUGUCGUGCGAAUGGAGGGAUCUGUUCGACCGAUUUUUCGGGGAGCGAAGAAUCACUACGACCGCGUUGAAUAGCGCGCCGGUGGACCAGGUACCGACUCAUACAAGAGACCAUCAGCUCCCUCAGCACAACUUUGCCACGUUCAAUGUGCUCGUCAGUCAACUAGACCCGAGCCUACAACCACUUGCACGACUCGAUUGGCAUACCCACAUUCGACACAUGGAAGUGUCAAAGGAGGGGGCUGCCUGUGUCCAGCGUCUCAAAAACCCCAUCCAAACUUGGACUGAUGCGAUGGGAGAGGAAUUUGGACAAGCGAAGGCGACUCUGAGGAAAUGCCAGUUUCGGAGACAGGCAAACCAGGAAAUAGACCUCGACGAUGAAGGGGAUAUCAACCAGGCAAGAUUGGAGUGGGAAGCGGAGAGCAAUGCAGCGGCGGACUCCAGAGGGAGAGCUGAAUGGUAUCCGCUGAUUCGGGCUUGCGAUUCCUGCCGUAUAACCAACAGGCAAUGCAAAAGAGGAAGCCCUGGAAAUGGGUUUCCUCCAGACUGCGACGCUUGCAUUUUUAUUGGCUUGAACACGAGACGCCUUCUUACGGCUCGGCAAGUGCAGGAUACUGUUUUGCCGCCUUGUACACGGUCUGUGGUUCAUCCCGGCAGUCAUGCACUUCAAAACUAUCAAAUGCAAAUGAUGCUCCUGGAACAGCAGAACAAGAAGCGUCUCAUUAUGGCUCGACAACAACCCAACAGCACGGGGCCUCCACCCUCUCAGCUUCCGCCGAUCGUAUCAGGCAGCCUCCGCACACCGAGCCGGAGCAGUGCUUCAGCAAGUUUUGAGAUGCAUCACAAUGCUCAGCGCAACGACCGGCGUCUCUUUGAGGCUAGACAUGCCCCAGUUGACUCGGGGCAAAAUCCGAGGUCAGGCCUCAGUGAGCCAGCUUCGGACAACCAAGCUCCAUUGCCGGUCCACAGACAAGAGGAACAACCUAUGGAGAUUCCGAAUAUCCAAGAUCCCUGCAGACGAGGAGUUCAGCCACUGGCAGGGUAUCCUUUCACUCCAAUGCCGGCCCCAACGGCCGAACCUUCUAGGGCUGCCGGUCCAUCUCUCUCAGACGGCUGCUCCAAGCCAUGA